GCGACAAAUAUUGUUUCGUGAUAAGCUGCGUGCAAAGCUUUUAAUUGUGCGCGAAUGGAAAAGCAGCGGGCAGCGGCCAGCAGCUCGUUGUCGCCCCUCGCGUGAAAUGCAAUAUUGCCCUUUAUCUCUUGCUCUUGGAAGUCCCAAUCGCGAAAUUGUUGACAAAAGUCAAGAGUUUAAUAGUGUCCGUUCACAUAUGUAUGUAACUGUAACGGUGAUUGUGCCAGUGCAUUAGUGUGUGUUAAAUUUCCAUUCAACAAGAGAAUCAAAAUUACUUCCAUUUGCUGAUCAAUAAACACAAAAGAUUCCCAAGGAAGGCAGCAAAUCAAUGUCGUACAAAAGAAAGCACUUGUGACAUCGAGAGACAUCAGGGAGAGAGAGUGGAGAUAGAGCUCACAUCCAAAGAAACAUCCCAAAAAAAGCAUCCACAAAUGGCUUCGCCACCACCUGGCGACUGGAUCGAGGAGGAGGAGCAUGUGAAACAGCAGCAAGCGGCAGGACAGCAAACAGAGGAGAAGCCUGAUCCUGCCUUCCUGGAGGACACCUUUGAAUGCGCCUUCGAAUCGACGAUGGAGGGCCUGGAGGAGCAGGAUGGCUACGAAACCGACUCCGAGCCCGAUUCGGCUGCGUCUUCGGGGAGUUUGGGGCCGAACAUGCAGCAGCAGCAGCAGCCGCAGUCGCAGCCACAGACAGAGCGGGAGUCGCGGGGUCUGGUGCCCCACGGACCCCACAUCGAUGCCCAAAUGCUCAAGUGCCUGCCGCGAUCCAAUUCCUUUGAUUUUCAAAGCAGCAGCGGCAGUAGCAGCGACGACGAGGACGAACCUGAUGACGAUGACGAUGUUGAUGAAGUGCAUCUCAGUUUGAGCCUCAGCCUCAGCGGAAAGUUUGGCAAGGAUCUGUAUGCCGUGAACCCGCGUCCAGGCUACCUCCUGCCGCCCUUCACCGAACGGAGGCGGCUUUCCCAAUGCAAGGAGGAGGACGAUGAGGAUGGAGAUGGCGACAAAUCUUUGCAGACAGGUGCCGCAGAUGCUUUGAAGUCCGAGAAGGCCUCCAAGGCGCCGCCACGUCCGCCCACGCCACAGGACGAGGCCUCCAAGGAGCGCUUCAAGGAUCUGGAGAGGCUACGCCAGCAGUUUAUGCACAAAAUCGACAGGAUCAACACGCGGAACAUCGAAGAGAGUGCGGCGCCACCGCCACCGCCUCCUCCACCGCCUCCGAUACCGGCAACCAUUCUCCCCAAGGCCCUGAAGGAGCUGCUGCACACAGAGGAGGCGGCUGCCCCUCUGCCCCCACUAAAGGCAACGCCUCCGCCAGUGGAAAAAGAGAAGCCACCCUCCUCACCGCUUCCUCUGCCCUCAGAGCCCCCGCUCAUCAUCAAUGGGAAAUUCAAGGUGACUCUGGCCCAGGAGACAGCUCCGGAGCUGCGUGUGGAGGCGCAGCAGCUGGCGAAACUGCGUGCCUCCUCCAAUGCCCACACCAUCAGCUUUCCCUCCAGCUUCGGGGGAUACUCCUCAGUCCAAGGACUCUUCUCGCAGCGCUACGGCUCGCACAGGUUUCCCUCGACAGCCACGCCGCAUCUCUCCAAGCAGUUCUUCGAGCCCUCGCUGGUGGAGAUCCGUACCAGCAAUGUGGCACUGAAUACAGCCGGACUUCCAAACCAAAGCCUCCAUUGUGAUACCCAAAGCUUAGCCAUUAAGUCCCAGCCACCGCAGCCGCCGCACAGGACGCCCAGCGAACGAGAGCUUGACGAUAUAUGGAUACGACGCACGUCGACACCCACCGUUGCGUCACAAGCACCUUCGGGGCAGAGACCUGUGUCCCUGGGAGGGGCCUCCACGAUGCCACGUUUGCAGAGGAGCGAAAGCAAUGCCUCCACAUCCAGCCCACCGAGACAGCUGCAGGGGUCGGGAUCGGUUUCUGGUUCCGUUUCGGAUGAAGAGCAGGAUGGGUCGGCCGCAGGAAGCCGUCCGCCAGGUUCUCGACCUUCCAGCGCACCAGCAGAACCCAAUGCCAAGGCGGCCAAAAAGGCUUACAAAAAGAUGGAAAAGGAGCAGCGCCGCCAGGAGAAGGAGCAGUCCCGCAGAGAGAAGGAGGCCCGCAAAAUGGAGCGCGAAACAGCGCGUCGGAUCGAGCGGGAGGCCGCAAAGUUGGAGAAAUUCAAUCGCCACAGUGAGAAGAUCUCGCGCAGUACCGAGCGCAUGGCAGGGGUCGGUGCCGGAUCGCGUUCCGGAUCCCUGGAGCGGCGGCGAAGCGGCGAGGACUCGCCGGUGCUUAACCAGUCCACAGUCCAUGGCAUCGCGUCGCCCAAUCGCCGGCCCACGAUCUUCGAUGUGUUCCGGCCACGCGCCAAAUCGGAUGCCAAGCGGCAGAAAGAGAAGCAUCUGCUGGAUCCUUCCUCGGCGGACAGCAGUGCUGGCAGCAGCACGUAUUCCGUGUCCGGCGGUGGACCAGCGCCUGUCUCUGGAGCCACCGCCACUGCGCCAGGGGGGGCCGGGCCGGCAACGGGGUCGGGAGCGGCAGGAGCUGCAGCUGGGGGUGCCGGAGCAGGCCUUAUGAACUCGAUGAAGGUGGCAAUGCAGAACUUUGGCCACCGCCAGCAUCCCGCAGUGACGAUAACCAAUGCCGAUGGCACAGUGUCUGCGAAGAGCAAGUACAAAGACGGCAGCGCCCAUCCGCAUCAGGGAAGCGACGCGCAGUAUUACCACACGGUGACAGCAGUUCGUCCUAAUGCAACGCAACGCUCGCCAAUGACCAAGGUGAUGGAUCUGUUCCGGCAUCGCUCCAAUUCGGCCGUCAGCGAAGCGGACAAGCGCAAAGCGCGCGCUGCAGCUCAUCAACAACAAUUGGCUGUACAAAGUGCUCAUAUGCGACGUGCCUCUGCGGAUCUGGAGAAACGACGCGCCUCUGUGGGGGCAGCCGGUCGAGGGCUUCGUGGCGAUGGCACACUGGAUCCACACCAUGCGGCCAUACUGUUCAGAGAUUCCAGAGGGCUGCCUGUGGCGGAUCCGUUCCUAGAGAAAUGCAAUCUAUCUGAUCUUGAAGAGGACGACUCACAGAUCUUUGUCAAGUUCUUCCGCUUCCACAAGUGCUACGAUCUGAUACCCACAUCCGCCAAGCUGGUGGUGUUUGAUACACAGCUGCUCGUAAAGAAGGCCUUCUAUGCACUCGUCUACAACGGCGUAAGGGCAGCACCGCUCUGGGACUCGGAGAAGCAGCAGUUUGUGGGCAUGCUGACCAUCACGGACUUUAUCAAGAUCCUGCAAAUGUAUUACAAGUCGCCCAACGCCUCCAUGGAGCAGCUCGAAGAGCACAAACUGGACACGUGGCGAAGUGUGCUGCACAAUCAGGUGAUGCCGUUGGUCAGCAUUGGGCCGGAUGCCUCCCUCUACGAUGCCAUCAAAAUUCUUAUUCAUAGCCGCAUUCACCGCCUGCCCGUGAUCGAUCCGGCGACCGGCAAUGUCCUCUACAUCCUGACACACAAACGCAUACUGAGGUUCCUCUUUUUAUAUAUUAACGAAUUACCAAAGCCCGCGUACAUGCAAAAGAGUCUACGCGAACUGAAGAUCGGAACGUACAACAACAUCGAGACCGCCGACGAGACCACGAGCAUCAUUACGGCGCUCAAGAAAUUCGUGGAGCGACGCGUCUCUGCGCUGCCCCUGGUGGAUGCCGAGGGCCGACUGGUGGAUAUCUAUGCAAAGUUUGAUGUGAUUAAUCUCGCUGCUGAGAAAACCUACAACGAUCUCGAUGUAUCGCUGCGCAAGGCCAACGAGCAUCGCAACGAGUGGUUCGAGGGCGUGCAAAAGUGCAAUCUGGACGAGGCGCUCUACACCAUAAUGGAGCGAAUUGUGCGGGCGGAGGUGCAUCGCCUGGUGGUGGUCGAUGAUAACCGCAAGGUGAUUGGCAUCAUCUCGCUAUCAGACAUAUUGCUCUAUCUGGUGCUGCGGCCAAGUGGCGAGGGCGUCGGCGGGUCAGAGAGCUCACUGCGGGCCUCCGAUCCCGUCCUGCUGCGCAAAGUGUCGGAGGUGGAAAUACCCGCAGCAACGUCAGCGACAACGCCCCCGCCUCGCAGUCCCUCGGCAGGGUCCGGCAAUCGCAGUCUGAUCGAGGACAUACCCGAGGAGGAGCCGGCGCCGCCAGCAAGGAGCGACGAUUCGAAUGCCGAUGCAGACAGUGAUAACAACAAGUCCGCCAGUGAGGAUAAGGUCAACAACAACCAGAACCAGCACGGGACGGGAGGAACGACGGGGGCGCCGACGGCCAAUGGUGAUAGUAGCAACAACAGUCCAGCCGAAGUGUCCUUUGCCGAUGAGGCACACGAAGAGACGGAAGCCGCCGACCAGGUCGAGCGCAGCAAUUGUGAUGAUGAAAACCGCGGGAAGCAUGACGACGAGGAGGAAAACGAUGACGACGAUGACGUGCAGGUCAUGGAGCGCAAAAAGCAAUCCACAGCGGUGGCACACAAGGCGGACAGAGAUGAGGAGGAUGAUGGCCUGAGCAGCGCCGUGUCCGCCACGUCGGCUUUGGGCCAAUCCCUGUCCACGCCUGCGGCGCGAGAAAUGGCGCUGGUUAGUGAAUAAAUAUAAUAUAUAAUUUAAACAACAAAACUAAAACAAAAGAACUAAGAACCCAAAUACACAACAAAAACAACAAUAAUGAUAAUGAUUCAAGAAAGAGAAAACUAUGUUUGAAUAUUACUAGCUGUUAAGGUUAUAAUAUAUAUUUUACAAAAAGGAAACCAGCAACAACCGCAAAACAAGAACGGAAUGAAAUGCUAGUGUUACAAAAAUGUUUAUAUAUACACGAGAAAACCAACAACAAAUUACAAUAGAAUGUCUUUAAAUUUUAAACGAUGUAAUUGAUUAUUAAAUAAUAGUACAGUACAAGUCA